AGAGGAUUAAUGUUCUCUCUCCCAUUCAGGAUCAUGGCCAGGGAAGUGAUUCAAGUGGCACUCUGGGCAGCGUUGCUUAUUGGUGUGAAUGGAGCACCGCUCUUCGCAGAAGACUCCGACAAUCAGUUCCUGCAGCUCAAAAGACAAAUGUUUUCUCUAGACACCUGGGACCCAAUCCUCAGCCAGAGUUCAUGGGGAUACAGCUUGGCCAAACCGGUCAGUGAAUUCUGGGAAACUGUGAGCAGUAGCACUCUGGGCUAUCUGACCCUAGAGUUUUCAUCCAUUAAUCCUCCGACUUCCAGGGACCACAUUACCUCUUAAAUGGACCGAAGGACUGUGAAACCCAGGAGCCCGGCUGAAGGGUGAGAAGAUGCUCCUUAAAAAACCUGCCCAGAGAGCUUGUUAUUAUUAUUAUUUUUUACCUUGACCCUUUCUGUGUCUGCUCUUCAUAGCCCCCUUCAAGAUAACCUUCAAGACAAAAGUUUGGAAAAACGGGUCACUCCCCUGCUCAGAAGAGCCGUUUCUUCUAAAGACGAUAACGAAUAACCGGUGUGAAGUGUGAAGUGCUUAGUAUGUCCCAAAUACAAAGUGUGGGACAAAUAAAAUGCAGGCAGAUCAGACUAGAUCCCUGUCCCACCCGGGGCUCCCAUUCUAAAGGGAAGAGGGAAUGGGCGUUGUUUCCCAUGUCACAGGUGAGGAAACCGAGGCAUGGAGAAGUUAAGUGACUUGCCUGAGGUCACACAGAGAGCAAAUGGCAGAUCCCUAUCCAAUGCUGAAAUAAAAUAUCUAAGCUGCAAAACCCUU